UUUAGAAAAAACUAUGUAUAAUUGUUAUAAUUAUGUACAUUUAAAAGUGUAAUAUUUGGUUACUUACGAGUAUAAGUUAAUAACUUUAAUUAUUUGUCUAAGAUCAAAGUGACAGUUACUAAUGGCAAGUUUGGAAGUGCAAAAAUGUUGCUGUUUAAUAAUUGUAAACAUUUCGUAGUCCGUACAGAAUUUUACAUUUGUAUAGGUACAAUAAAGUUGUAUAAUAUACAGUAAAAAACGUUCACAGGCCAGGUGACAUUGUUUGGCUUUUACAAAAAUUGUAAUUACUUAUUAUAUAUAUAUAAAUACUACGUUUCUCAAUACUAUUAAAACAAAGGAAUUGUUUUCAAAAGGUUGCAUUAAAGAAUGGCAUUUACCAAAACCAUUCUACUUACUAUUACUUUAUUUCUUGCCUCACAUGCUGCAUAUAAAUAUUAUCGAAGGAAACCGAAAAGACGACUAAAGAUCAACGAUGUUAUUAUGUUCUCGAAUAAAAAUUCCGAAUUCAAAUCAAGCAAAUACUUAAAGCAAAACUUAACCGAGAGUGUGCAAAAGUUAUUCAAUUAUUUAAGCUCAAGCUGCCAUAGUUUAGAUAUAUGCAUGUAUGUAUUAACAAAUUCAGAAAUUACAAACAUCAUCGUUAAACAGCACCUACGCGGUGUAAAGAUACGUGUUAUUCUAGACGCCGAUAUGGCAUUCUCAUCAGGGUCUACUGUAAAGCGUUUAGAAAAACAUGGAAUACAUGUACGCUGGAUGAAAGCAACAGAAAUUAUGCAUAAUAAAUUUUGCAUUAUUGAUGGAGCUGCUACAGAAGAUUGUAUCCCCUUGGUUAUGACAGGGUCAUUGAAUUGGACAAAUCAAGCUUUGUAUAGGAAUUGGGAAAAUGUUCUUGUAACAUCUCAAAAAGAUAUAGUUUAUUUGUACAAGGUUGAGUUUGAGAAAAUGUGGGAACAGUUUAAACCUAUAGUCAAAAUAGGUAGAUAAUUUAUUAAAACAUUUCUAGAUGCUUAACCUAAGUUGUAAAUCAAACGGACUCCUAAGUUUCUUUAAAAAUUACCAGGUUGACUAUUUUGAUAUUCUAGGCUCAGUAAUAGCUUUCGAAAAGGUCUUACUUCCUAGGUAUUUCGUUGACAUGUUUUAGCAUCUGCUCUUUGUUUUAAAUACAAUGAUUACAUAGGCUAUAUAAUUAAGUGACUCUUCAACAUAGUAACGCUUAAAGCACCAUUGUGAAUUGAAAGUUUAAUUAGGUUGUUUGUUGUACAAAAAUACCAAAAAAUACCAAAUGGUGAUUUUUCAAUAAGGUAUUUAGUAGAUAAUAUACUUAAAUAUUGGUGCUUUUUUUCCCUUGUUCCUUUGUACCCUAGGUUAUGUGAUAUUUUGUAUCAGUUAACUGUGCUUGUCUUAUAAUAAAUAUUAGUUUU